CGAGAUACGAUGGUUGCGUACGACGCCCCAGACAUUGAACUCACAUUCUGAGUCAAACUUAAUUUUUUAAAAUCUGUAGGCCAAGUCACCGUAUCUUAAACAUAAUUUUUAAAAACAACGGUUUUAAAGCUUACUUUACUCAAUAUUAUUUACUUGAUCUGGAUAUUAAAGUAAUCCACGGUAUACUUAAAACUCAACGAGGAAUCUGUUUGAAAUCUAGGAUCAUCGAAAAUAGUCACUAUAAAUAAAAUAAUAACUGAUCACAGUCAAGGAUUCACUGACUGUUUCUGGUUGCCUGCUGCUAUCUGUGGUUACCAACCAUGCUUCAAUGAGUGAUAUCAUUUAAAUAGCAACUCAAAGUAUUUGUUGUUGGUGUUUUGGUUGAUCAAUAAUGGUUUAAUCUUAUCUAAAUUGUGUCAUUCAAAUGUGAUCAGGAGGCGAUUUUUGUCCUCCUUUAUAAUAUAAUCAUAAUCAUAAAGGGCCAACGGCCAUAUUAAAUCACAGUAAUGUUCUAUUUGCAAAAGGAUACAUUUUGUCACUAUAACAGAAAUAACCAAGCCUGACUAAGAAAACUAUUCUUAAAACUCAAAAUCGAAAACUUCUGAGAAUAUCUUCUACUACAGGCUAUACUAUAAUUCUAUUUCAACAUGGGAUUUUUUGAUUCAUUGGCACAGUGGUUAGGCGUAAAAAAGAAGGAAGUCAAUGUGAUGGUAGUUGGCCUGGACAACAGUGGCAAAACUACCAUUAUCAACCAUUUCAAAUCCCCAGAUGCUAAAAGUCAUGAUAUUGUCCCAACUGUAGGAUUCAGUGUUGAGAGAUUCAAAUCAAAAGCUCUUGCCUUCACAGCUUUUGACAUGUCUGGGCAGGGACGUUACCGAAAUUUGUGGGAGCAGUAUUAUAAGGAAUGUGAUGGCAUUAUAUUUGUAAUUGACAGCAGUGAUAAGUUACGGAUGGUUGUUGCCAAAGAUGAACUGAAUUUGCUACUGGAAAAUCCUGAGCUGAAAAACAGAACUAUUCCUAUUCUAUUUUUUGCAAACAAAAUGGACGCUAGAGAUGCAGUUUCAAGUGUAAAGUGCUCUCAUCUUUUAGAAUUACAGGCUAUCUCCAACAAACCAUGGUUUAUAUGUGCAAGUAAUGCCUUAACUGGAGAUGGUUUACAUGAGGGUGUUGAGUGGCUUACAGAUCAACUGAAAGUUGUCCUUCAAAAAAAAAAGAAAUGAUAAACACUUACUUUUACCACAAAAAAAUAUUUUCUUAUAGUAGCAAAGGAUAAUACAAUUAAUAACAUCACUAGAUAUGCUCAUUUUAUUUCUUAUAUUUAUCCUAGUUAUUUUCUUUUAAGUUUCAUAUUUGUGUUUUGUUUUACUGUUUAUGCAUUGCAGUAUAUUUUGAAAAAUUAAGAAAGUUGCUUAUUUGGGACAGUGUGCUUUGGUUUAAGGUUUUUGAUUUUGUUUUUAAUAGCUUCAGAUAAUUAGGAUGGAUAUUUUAUUCAGGAAAAAAAUGUUUCUUUGCUCCGAAGUGCCCCAAUUAACGUUAAUGCAGGAAAAAAUAAUAUAUUUAUCAAAUAUUUUAAUGCAUCUGUAAAUACUGUAAUGAAAUAAGGUUAAAAUAAAUUAAUCUUAAUACUAUAGUGG